AUGGCCGAAGCUGGACAACCAAGAGCGCUUCCAACGGCUUUUGCUCCACCGCCGCCUCUCUGGAAGCACUUUACUCCGGGCAAUCUCAAGAAACUGGAGGAGAUCAAGAGAGAGGCCUCGAAAGGAGAAGACGGCAAAGCGCGGAGGAAAGACUGGACGCCUGCCGAGCUGCGCGCCCUCGAUCUAUCACCAGAGCUCGGUUUCCUCGUGCCACCAGAGAUUCCCACCAAAGGACACUAUAGCGUGUUUGGGGAAUUACAAAGUCUCUCCACGGCUCUCCCCUCUCUACAAGAGCAGGGUAUCGAACAGCUCUACCCAUCACCCCCAACAGAAACAGACCGCGAAGCCCCGUCACAACCCUCUCGUCCAUUCAAUCACGCCUACUAUCUUUUAAAAAUUAGCAAAUCUUUGCUCUUGAACUUCCUGGAGUUUGUGGGUGUCCUCUCCGUAGCCCCGGAGCAAUUCCAGGCCAAAGUGGAGGAUUUGCGCAAUCUAUUUAUCAACGCGCAUCAUCUCUUGAAUCUCUACCGACCACAUCAAGCACGCGAGUCCCUAAUUAUGAUGAUGGAGGAGCAGCUCAAACGAAGCCGAGAAGAAAUCGAACAGAUGGACAAAUUGCAUACGGAGAUCAAGGGCUUUCUGGAUCAGUUGAAAGCUCAAGGAGUUGACGUGGAUUCCGCAGCUGAAUCGGUCAGUAAGGCCACCAAAAAGGACGAUACGUCGAACAAAAGAGCUGCCGAAGACUCUGGGCUCAUUUGGGAUAUACUCGGCGAAAUCGAUUAA